AUGUAUGUUGGGCAUAUUCAUGAACCAACUAUGAUUCUUGAAACGAUAGCUUUUCAUGAUCUUUGGAUAUGGCAUGCAUUUUUUGGGCUACCAGGAUCACAUAAUGAUAUAAAUGUUCUAGAGAGGUCUUUCUUAUUCACAGAUCUUGCUGAAGGAUGUGCUCCUCUAGCUAAUUACUCCAUUAAUGGUCAUGACUAUAUAAUGGGUUACUACCUUGCUGAUGGUAUAUAUCCUCCAUGGUCAACAUUUGUGAAAACAAUUCCAUUUCCAAAAGAUAACAAACACAAAUGGUUUGCAGCAGCUCAAGAGUCGAUAAGAAAGGAUGUGGAACGAGCAUUUGGAGUGUUGCAAUCUCGAUUUGCAAUUGUUUGUGGGCCAGCACAUUUUUGGCAUCGUGAAACUUUAAAAGAUAUCAUGAAAGCUUGCAUCAUACUACAUAAUAUGAUUGUUGAAGAUGAACAACAUGAUAAAUAUUUGGAUUAUAGCUAUGAUGCACUUGAUGCCACUCUAACUAUAUCUGUUUCACAUGAGCCUACAACAGAGCUUCUAAAUUUUAUUCAAUGUCAUCAUCUUAUAAGGGAUAGAAAUAUUCAUUCUUAG